AUGUUCACACUCUCUCUCCUGAGCCGGGGACACGGGAAGUUGGUCCAGAACAAACAGAAAUUAGAAGUCUAUUUUGAACCAGAGGAUUACUUGAACUGGAAGUCUCCAGAAGAUUAUGUACUGGUCAGAAAACUUCAGGGUGGGGACAAUGCCAACGACCACUCCUGUGGCCUCUUUCUUCCUAAAACUUUCAGCACUAGAAAGGGUGCCCUGAUCCUCUAUUCAGAAGGUUUAGCCAUAUCAGCAUGGAUGCCCCAAGAGAGAAGAAAAGGCUCCAGUGCCCCCAAAGGUCACGGGAGGAGGCUGCACACAGUUCAAGAUCUCACAGAAGCCAUCCUCGCAUAUGGAAGGAAACAGGGGGAGCAGGACAGAGCCUGGCAACCGUAUCUCUACUUCCGAAGCCAGCUGGAGAGCCAGGCCCAACGGCAGAUCCAGCCCGGGUAUUCAGCCAAGAGAUACCUCCGAGGCCUCUCGCAGACGUGGCCCCUUGACACCAUAUGCAGGCUCCAACGUGCAGGAUACAUCAAAGAUUCUGUGCUGCUCCAGGACAGUCGACUCAAUGUACCCAAGACUCUCAGGCCACAACAGGAUCUUUCAGCUGUACCACCCAAAUAUCAUCUCCUACCUGUCUUCCCUCCAUUUUGGAUUCAACAAGGAAAAUCUUUUGAACAAGGUCAACAGGGCUCAGAUGAAGGGGAAGCUGGGACUGGUGGACACGUGGACCACGGCUGUGUAGCCCAGAACCUCAGCAGCCAGAGGCCACUCAGGAAGCAGCCCUGGCAGGGAGAAAACACCUGGGCACAGGACACGUCAACAGAGAAUUACCUUCGUGUCUAUGCUUCAAAGGCAAACCACAAUGAAAAGACACAGAAAACCUCGAGGAAGGCCUUGGGGCAUGCCCUCGUUGAUCCUCCUGGGCUCCUGAGUGACAAAUUUCACGUUACAUUCUAUGGCAGUGGCUUCCUUAACAGGAAGGCAGAUCUUAGUGAUAAACAAGGGACUAUAAAACUCCACAAGGCCAGAAGUGGACACUUGCCACAGGAACGUCCUGCUGAAAGAUACCUUUUCCCUCCUAUAGUAUCUACUAGUGGCUCAAAGAAAAAUGCCCCCGGAGAAGUGAACAAGAAAAAGGCACCAAAGGCUUUGAAAUUACCUUCUAUCUCAGAAGAACCACCCAGAAUUCUGAACCCCCUAAGGAGCCAAUUUAAAGCAAAUUUAAAGCCCCCAACAGAGCUCUCCAUCUUCCCAGUGGAGAUUCAUUUCCACACCCAACAGCCCCCAAAAGAAAAAGUCUGCGGAAGAGGUGCUCCACACCCUGAGUCAGAACCAGAAACAGAAGAGGCCAGGCCUCUGUGGAGGCCUCCCCUGAAGCACGCGUCCUUAGAAAAACCACGGGAAUUAACGGUGCAUCUCCCAGUGGACACAGGCAGGGACAAGGAUGUCUUCUCAUCUCAAGGUGAUGCUGCCCCACUCCAGAAUGUGGCCCCACCACUGGGUCUUCUACCCCCGAUUAAAGGAAGAAAAAGUCCAGAGAGCCAGGGGGACCUGGACAGGGGCCCCAGGACAUCAGGCCACAGCAGCUCUCCAGAUCCCCUGAACACGAGAUUGCCUGGGAGGGCACCACCAGCAGGACAAGAAGAUUCCAGAGAUCCCACACAGCAACACGACCUGCUGGGUCCAGAUGGAGAGAAGGUCUGCCUGUCCCUCCCAGGGCCUACCCAAACUGAGGCGCUUUCAUCAAGUGAAGCCUAUGAAGCUGUGAAUUCCACACACACACACACACACACACCCUUGCACUUCCUAAAAUCAAACAGCGAAUCCCGAAUCAAUCUUCGCCUGAAUCUUCAUGAAACCUCACGUUUGACCCAAACAACAGAGAAGCAGGGAGCCCAGCAGUCCUUGGAGGCAGCAGCUCAGAAGACAGGAGAGCCUCAAAGUUGUAUAAAUAAAAAGCUGAUAUGUUCAAACGGAAAAGAAUUUUACCCGCGCAAGCUGCACAUCGACAUGACGCCGUUCCUGAAGGACAGUGGAGAAGCACUGGACUGUCAUGAACAACCAGAGGAAUCCCCCAGAGAAAGUCAUCAAGACAGCCAAGACCCAGAGCCAAGGGGUGUGAGCGUUGGCACUCUUAGUGCUUCCCUGGCUGAGCACAUUCCGACUCCUGAAGCAGAUACUGUGCAAAAUGGGGGUGAAAAUUAUGAUGCACAUCACCUGCACAGAGAAAUUCCAGGACAUAGGCCUGAGUCACCACAGAAGUUGGGUGCUGUGGAUACAUCUUUCUUUCCAAGAGAAAGAGAAGGAAAGGCUGAACCAAGUCUGUUGGGCCAGCAGACAUCAGGCAGCAUCAGUCAUGAAAGGGAGUUGAAUGACAAAGCCAAGGGAAGGAAAAGAAACAAGACAGACAAGAUCAAAGCACAGAAAAGGGAGCGAGGAGGACAGGUCUUCAGAGAAGCAGAGGCUGCUGUGGGAAAGUCAAAGGACUCAAAUGCUAAACAAAAAUUAGGAAAAAAAACAGGAGUCAAAAGGAAAAGGACACAGAAGGAAAGGAAUCUGGAGAUAGGAGGAGCAGAGCUGAGUGGGCCUGAUGUCAUUAAUUCCAAGGAAACAGAAGAUGCCUCAGACGGAGGUUUCUUCCGUUCAGAUUCUGUUGUAGAGGACACUUGGCUUUCUCCCAAAUAUGAUGCUCAGGACAGCCAAGUUGCUAUAGAUGGAAGAUCAUCACCCUCCCGGACAAUAACCGUCACUGGCAACACGGGAUCUGAAGAAGAGAGAAGCUGUGACGACCCUUCCAAGGCCCUCCUCUCUAAGAGGGAGCAGAAAGAUUCCCGGGACAGGCUUCGAGCAGAAAGGGCCAAGAUGAGGCAGUUGGAAGUGGAGAGGAAAAGAAGGGAGCAUGAAGAGCAGAGGCGGCUCGAGCAGGAGCAGCUGGAGAGAGCAAAGAAGAUGGAGGAGGAGCUGGAGCUGGAGCAACAGAGACGCGCAGAGGAGAACCGCUUGAGGAAACAGAGACUCGAAGAAGAACAGCAGCGGCAGGAGGAGAAGGAGAGAAAGCAGCGGCUCCAGUGGCAAGCAGCCCAGGAGAGAGCCCGUCAGCAGCAAGAGGAGUUCCGGAGGAAACUGCAAGAACUACAGAGAAAGAAGCAACAGGAAGAAGCUGAGAAGGCUGAGGCAGAGAAGGAAAGGCAGAAAGAAUUAGAAAUGCAGUUAGCAGAAGAACAAAAACGUCUGAUGGAAAUGGCUGAAGAGGAACGACUAGAGUACCAGCAGCAGAAACAGAAAGCAGAAGAGAAGGCUCAGCUGGAGGCAGAGGAAAGGAGACUAAAGGAGGAGGAAGCCACAAGGCUGGCCCAGGAGGAAGCCAUGAAACAAGUUCAGGAACAAGCCAGGCAAAAAGCUGCAUUGGAGAAACAUCUUCAUUUCCAUCAAGAGCUCCUCAAGGAAGCCAGGGGCCUGCAGUGGACACAGAAUAUUUCCAGACCAUGGGUUUACUCUUAUUUCCAGUUCCUACCAAUACCCAGGCCUUAAGGCUAGAAGAAAACUAAAAAGUAAGUUGGGAGGUGGUAAUAGAAAAAGAGAAACUUUCUUUAUAAGUAAGUUCUAUCCUAAGCCUAAUUAUUAAAAUGGUUCAAGUUCAUCUGGUUCAAUGGUUUAACCCAUGCUGAAGAUUGUAACUCUGGAACAUCCAUUCCCACCACACAUUUUGUUUAAACCACUUAAACUUUUCACUCACCUAUGUCCUUUUUCUAAAACCACAUAAAUCCAGAAGCUUCAGUGCUUAAAACUAUCUAGAAUUUCAUAAAUUCUGUCCUAAACACUAAA